AAUUUCUAUCGGAUCGCCAAAUUAAUAUCUAAUCCGUUGACCCACAACCCAAUACGGGUAAAGUGAGUGGGUAUACUUAUCGGAUCCAAACCAUUUUCUCUCACACCCACAUCGGGUUCAGACUCGCUCCCUCUCUCUCUUCAGGGUCACCCACGAUCCAACCCCGACUCGCCGGACCACCGAUCGGAUUCCCUGAGAUUUUUUACGAUAUAAGGUCAUUUCAACAAUUGCGCGUUUGAUCGAAUUUCAUGCCUAUGUGAUGGAAAUACAAGUCGAGUCUGCUAAGAAACCAAAGAGGUUGACAUCUAUUGUCUGGAAUCAUUUUGAAAGGGUUAGAAAGGCUGAAAUAUGUUAUGCUGUUUGUGUACAUUGUAACAAGAAGCUCAGUGGAUCAAGUAAUAGUGGGACCACCCAUCUGAGAAACCAUUUAAUGCGAUGUCUGAAACGAUCGAACUUUGAUGUAUCACAACUACUUUCAGCGAAGAGAAGGAAAAAAGAUAAUAUCCUUGCCAUAGCAAGUAUUAAUGGUGAUGAAGCACAGAGAAAAGAUGAUUAUAUUCAGCCAGCACUUAUAAAGUUUGAUCAGGAUCCGAAAAAGGAUGAACUAGUUACCAUUGCAAGCGGAAAGUUUGAUCAUGACCGUAGUCGUUAUGAUCUUGCUCGUAUGAUUAUAUUGCAUGGUUACCCGUUCACCAUGGUUGAUGAUGUUGGAUUCAAAGUUUUUGUGAAGAACCUUCAACCAUCAUUUGAGGUUGUGCCAAAUAAUGAUGUUGAACAGUUCUGCAUGGAAAUUUAUAGGAAGGAAAAACGUCAAGUGUAUGAGAUGAUUAAUAGUUUGCACGGCAGAAUUAACCUUUCUGUUGAAAUGUGGUCUUCUCCAGAAAACGUUGAGUACCUGUGUUUGACGGCACACUAUAUUGACGAGGACUGGAAAUUACAAAAGAAAAUUCUGAAUUUUGUCACACUUGAUUCUACUCAUACGGAGGACUUGCUUUCAGAAGUAGUUAUCAAGUGCCUGAUGGACUGGGACAUUGACAGUAAGUUAUUUGCCUUGACAUUUGAUGAUUGUUCCGUCGAUGAUGACAUUGUUGUAAGAAUCAAAGACCGGAUCUCCCAAAACAGGCCUCUCUUGGUCCAUGGUCAGUUAUUUGAUAUUCGCUCAGCAGCACAUCUUCUAAAUUCAAUUGUGCAGGAUGUUUUGGAAGCAAUGAGAGAGGUGAUAAGAAAUAUUCGAGGAAGUUUCAAGCACGUAAGAAGUUCACAAUUGACACAAGGGAAGUUCAAUGAAAUUGUUCAGCAAGUAGGAAUUAAUAGUCAGAGGAGAUUAAUUCUUGAUUUCCCAGCUCGAUGGAACUCAAUGUAUCAUAUGCUUGAAACAGCCUUAGAAUACAGGGGUGCAUUUUCUCUCCUGCAAGAGCAUGACCCUUCGUAUACAUCAGCUUUAACUGAUACAGAAUGGGAACGGAUGAGGUCUGUUACAGUUUAUUUGAAACUUCUUGUUGAAAUCGUUAAUGUCUUUUCCAGCAACAAAUGUCCAACUGCAAGUAUAUAUUUUCCUGAGAUUUGUGAUGUUCACAUCCAAUUAAUUGAAUGGUGCAAGAGCCCAGACGAAUUUCUUAGUUCUAUGGCACUAAAGAUGAAAGCUAAGUUUGAUAAGUACUGGAGCAAGUGCAGUUUGGCUUUGGCAGUAGCAGCAAUCUUGGAUCCCCGAUUCAAAAUGAAGUUGGUGGAGUAUUACUACUCUCAAAUAUACGGUAGUACAGCUCUGGAUAGGAUUAAGGAAGUUUCCGAUGGCCUCAAGGAACUUUUUGAUGCAUAUUCAAUCUGCUCAACAAUGGUUGAUCAAGGUUCAGCUUUGCCUGGCAGCAGCUUACCGAGUACCAGCACUGAUAGUAGGGAUCGAUUGAAGGGAUUUGACAAAUUUCUCUACGAGACCUCUCAGAGCCAAAACAUGAUAUCAGACUUGGACAAGUAUCUAGAGGAACCAGUCUUUCCGCGCAAUUGUGAUUUUAACAUAUUAAAUUGGUGGAAGGUGCACACGCCUAGGUACCCUAUUUUGUCCAUGAUGGCACGUGACGUUCUGGGGACUCCUAUGUCAACUGUUGCACCAGAAUCAGCAUUCAACAUUGGUGGUAGAGUGCUUGAUGAAUGUCGAAGCUCACUGAAUCCUGACAUUCGAGAGGCUUUGGUAUGCACACAAGAUUGGUUGCGGGUGGAAUUAAAAGAUGCUAAUACAUUGUCAAGCCAUUCUGCUAGACCAAUCCCUUCUGCCAGGCCAAUUCUUGUUGAAUAGAGUUCAUUUUCCAAUGGUUGAUGGAUCAGCUAUUGGCCUAUCCAGUGCUGUCUAAAUGAUGUCGACGCAGUUAAAGGUGGUCUGGGCAGUGAACCUCAUCUCUGUCUCCAUGCCAAUACAUCACGUGAGACUUGUUAAUCGCUUGUAGUUCUUUGUCAAGCUUAAAUGUAAAUUUUAGGACAUCUACUAGAUUUCCAGAUCUGUACGUAAGCAAGAGCGACCUCUUUCGCGUGUAUCCUUGAUUUUCGAGCAUGCGACUCUUUCUUUGUAAGAUGUGGUUCUUCAUGUUUUCACAAAAUGGGGGGAUGUUCAAUCAAUAAUCUAUAUAUCCAUGCACAAUACCUUCAUCCCAAGCUCACAAUCAAUAUAUUGUUACUCAUUUAUCUAA